GGAGGAGGAGGAGGAGGAGGAGGAGGAAAAGAGGAGGAGGAGGAAGAAGGAACCGAAGCGGAGACCACUGCCUUCCCGGGAUCGCCUUUUCUCCCCCUUAUCUUUGCGCGCGCGUGUGCGUGUGGCGCGUGUGCGCCCCUCGUCCCUUCCAUCCGAACCCGCUCUUGGAUGUUUAAUAAAGAAAUCAAGUGUCUCAACAGUCACCAAAAAAAAAAAAAGAAAAAGAAAAAAAAAACCAAAAACCAAAAAUUUCCAAAAAAGCAAAAACAGAAAGAGAGAGAGAGAGAGGAAAACAAAAUCCAAAACAAACAAACAAACAAACACGGCGGAACCAAGCUCCACUUCCAACCCGCCGGCGCCGGCCACCCGUGUCCGCCACCCGGAGAGGGGGGUCUCCGGCCCGCGGUGGCGGAGUUGCAGGGGGGAUCGCCAGGGGGACAGAGGCCGAGUGACGCCCUAGGAGCCACCGGGCAGCAGGCGGAGGACGCGCAGAGAGGCGAGCGAGCAGCGGGCCCCGCGCGCGGCUCGGGGCUGGGGCGCCAGAAGUGGGACUGGAGCGAAGUAGAGCGAUGCCAAGGAGGAAACAGCAGGCACCCAAGCGGGCGGCAGGCUACGCCCAGGAGGAACAGCUGAAGGAAGAAGAGGAAAUAAAAGAAGAGGAGGAGGAAGAGGAGGACAGUGGUUCGGUAGCUCAGCUUCAGGGCAGCAAUGACCCAGGGACAGAUGAGGAACUAGAAACGGGCCCAGAGCAGAAGGGCUGCUUCAGCUACCAGAACUCUCCGGGCAGUCACCUGUCCAAUCAGGACGUGGAGAAUGAGUCUCUGCUGAGCGAUGCCAGCGAUCAGGUGUCGGACGUCAAGAGCAUCUGCGGUCGGGAUGUCUCGGACAAGAAAGCCAGCGCGCACCCCAAGCUCCCCACCGAAAGCCACAACUGCAUGGAUAAAAUGACCGCCGUCUACGCCAACAUCCUGUCCGAUUCCUACUGGUCGGGCCUGGGCCUCGGCUUCAAGCUGUCCAGCAGCGAGAGGCGGCACUGUGACGCUCGCAAUGGCAGCAACAAGACUGAUUUCGAUUGGCAUCAAGAUGCGCUGUCCAAAAGCCUACAGCAGAGCUUGCCUUCCAGAUCCGUGGGGAAGCCCAGCCUGUUCAGCUCGGUGCAGCUGUACCGGCAGAGCAGCAAGAUGUGCGGGACGGUGUUCACCGGGGCCAGCCGGUUCCGGUGCCGGCAGUGCAGCGCCGCCUACGACACCCUGGUCGAGCUGACCGUGCACAUGAAUGAAACGGGCCACUAUCAAGAUGACAACCGCAAAAAGGACAAGCUGAGACCCACGAGCUACUCAAAGCCCCGGAAACGGGCUUUCCAGGAUAUGGACAAGGAGGAUGCUCAGAAGGUCCUGAAGUGCAUGUUUUGUGGUGACUCCUUCGAUUCCCUCCAAGAUUUGAGUGUCCACAUGAUAAAAACAAAACAUUACCAAAAAGUGCCUUUGAAGGAGCCAGUGCCCACCAUUUCGUCGAAAAUGGUCACUCCGGCCAAGAAACGCGUCUUUGACGUCAAUCGACCUUGCUCCCCCGACUCGACCACGGGCUCAUUUGCAGAGUCAUUCUCCUCUCAGAAGACAGCCAGCCUGCAGCUGUCUUCCAACAACCGCUACGGCUACCAGAACGGCGCCAGCUACACCUGGCAGUUCGAGGCCUGCAAGUCCCAGAUCCUCAAGUGCAUGGAGUGCGGCAGCUCCCACGACACCCUGCAGCAGCUCACCACCCACAUGAUGGUGACAGGGCACUUUCUCAAGGUCACCAGCUCUGCCUCCAAGAAAGGGAAGCAGCUGGUGCUAGACCCGCUGGCCGUCGAGAAAAUGCAGUCUUUGUCGGACGCCCCAAACAGUGAUUCGCUGGCUCCCAAGCCAUCAGGUGACUCUGCCUCUGACCGUGCAGCCUCUACAACUGAGCCGAAGAAAGAGAGCAAAAAGGAAAAACCAGAGGAGAUCAGCAAGGACGAGAAAGUUGUGAAAAGCGAGGAGUACGAAGACCCUCUGCAGAAGCCUUUAGACCCUACAAUAAAAUAUCAGUAUCUAAGGGAGGAGGAUUUGGAAGAUGGCUCCAAGGGCGGAGGGGACAUUUUGAAGUCCUUGGAAAACACCGUCACCACAGCCAUCAACAAAGCCCAGAAUGGGGCUCCCAGCUGGAGCGCGUACCCCAGCAUCCACGCGGCCUAUCAGCUGUCAGAGGGCGCAAAGCCUGCCUUGCCCAUGGGAUCCCAGGUCUUGCAGAUUCGCCCUAACCUCACCAACAAGCUAAGGCCAAUAGCACCAAAGUGGAAAGUAAUGCCACUGGUCUCUGUGCCCUCCAACCUGGCCCCAUACACUCAAGUGAAGAAGGAGCCGGAUGACAAAGACGAUGUCAUGAAGGAGUGUGGGAAAGAAAGCCCCCAGGAAGAGGCCUCACCUUUCAGCCACAGUGAGGGGGAUGCUUUCUCCAAAAGCGAAACCCCUUCUGAGUCCAAGAAGGCUGAGCCUUGUCUCCUGAAGGAGGAGGCCAGGCUGGUGGAGGAGGGCAGCGAGCCCGAGAAACACCCGCCCCUCGAGCCAGUGCACUCCCUCAGCAACGGGUGCGCCCGGCCCACGCGAGCACCGGCCCUGCCGUGCAUCAGCCCGCUCAGCGCCCUGCAGUCCGUCCUGAACAAUCACCUGGGCAAGGCCACGGAACCCCUGCGCUCCCCUUCCUGCUCCAGCCCAAGCUCAAGCACAAUGUCGAUGUUCCACAAGUCGAGUCUCAGCGUCAUGGACAAGCCGGGCUUGAGUCCUGCCCCUACACGGCCGGCCAGUGUGUCCAGACGCUACCUGUUUGAGAGCAACGAUCAGCCCAUCGACCUGACCAAGUCCAAGAGCAAGAAAGCCGAGUCCUCGCAAGCACAAUCCUGCACGUCCCCACCUCAGAAGCACGCUCUGUCCGACAUUGCCGACAUGGUCAAGGUCCUCCCCAAAGCCACCACCCCGAAGCCCGCCACUUCCUCGAGGGGCACCCCCAUGAAGCUGGAGAUGGAUGUCAGACGCUUUGAGGAUGUCUCCAGUGAAGUCUCGACUUUGCAUAAGAGGAAAGGCCGGCAGUCCAACUGGAACCCUCAGCACCUCCUGAUCUUGCAAGCUCAGUUCGCCUCCAGUCUCUUCCAGACGUCUGAGGGCAAGUACCUGCUGUCCGACCUGGGCCCUCAAGAGCGCAUGCAAAUCUCGAAGUUCACGGGGCUCUCGAUGACCACGAUCAGCCACUGGCUGGCAAACGUCAAGUACCAGCUUCGGAAAACGGGCGGGACAAAAUUCCUGAAAAACAUGGACAAAGGGCACCCCAUCUUUUAUUGCAGUGACUGUGCCUCCCAGUUCAGAACCCCUUCCACCUACAUCAGCCACUUGGAGUCGCACCUAGGUUUCCAAAUGAAGGACAUGACCCGCAUGGCGGUAGAACAGCAAGGCAAGGUGGAACAAGAGAUCUCGCGGGUGUCAUCGGCUCAGAGGUCUCCGGAAACCAUAGCUGGCGAAGAGGACACAGACUCUAAAUUCAAGUGUAAGUUGUGCUGUCGGACAUUUGUGAGCAAACAUGCGGUAAAACUCCACCUAAGCAAAACGCACAGCAAGUCACCUGAACACCACUCACAGUUUGUAACAGACGUGGAUGAAGAAUAGCUCUUCAGGACAAAUGCCUUAGUUUCAACUUUCCAGCCUGGAUCGCCCACACACUUCUACCGCCUGCUUCUGACAUUGAACUUCUCCUGACACCCUGCUCUGAGAAGACUACCAAAAAAAAAGAAGAAGAAGAAGAAGAAGAAGAACCCCCCAGCCGUCUCUCUUCAUUCUUACUAACAAUUUGGUAAUGAAGUAUUGAUUUCCACUUCUCUGCUUAUGGACGGUAUUAGAUUUUCAUUGAUAAACUGCAAGGAGGCAGUCUCGUCUCCACGGCCCCCUUUUCACUGUCAUGAGGAAACAAAGUGCCACUGAAGAAAAAUAAUGACUGAGAACAUUGAUGUACUUAUUUUGUCGGUCUGAAACACUUGACAGGAAAGGGUGGGGAGGGGUGUAGCAGUCUUCAUAGGUUAACGUCCAAGCGAACUGCACGAGAUGCAGACCCUUGGAAGCUACUUUUCAUGGUAAAGUCCAUUUCCUAUUUAUAACCCCUCUGGGAACGUUUGUCUAAAGGAAAUGUUUCUGUUCAGAGCAACAAUUACGGUUGCACCUGGAUUGCCCAGUCCUGCCCCUGCACCAGGGAGCCAUUAAUCACCGCAAAGUGGAAGAAUUAUUAAGUUAGACCAGACUUUGAGCCAAGAAAACCUCCGAACAAUGUUCAUCUUCUGUGAGAGUUGUUCAAACAGUUAGGCUUAACCGUAUUGCUGCCAAAGACUUUUCCCCAAGCAGUGGUGGGCAUCCUUUUUUGUUAUCUUUGUUGGUUACACAAAAUGGUUUUAAGCACGCAUAGGAGACCUGCAAAGUGGCAGCGUUGGGGAAAUUGGUGAGAUGCAGGAUCCGAAGGCAAGCAAGAAGAGGGGUCACAGCAGCUGUCUGCAGGACCUGUUGUUUACGGACGUGGAAACACAGCGUAGCCUAAACAGCAACAGGAAACAUGAAAUAGGGUGUCCAUUUUAAAUGUGUUCCCGCAACUUUUUUCAUUAAAACUUUGAGGGCCCAAUUUUAAUUUGUGGAAUAUUCCCGUUAAUAAUGAGAUCUAAUUAAGACAUCCAUUAAAAGCCCGUUAAAGUUAAUUUAACGUAAAAAUUCCAAUAGAGCUGUAUUAGAUUUUCUCCAUUAAAUUAACGUUAUGGAUUUUUAACGGAUGUCUUAAUUAUACAUUAUUAUUAACGGGAAUACUGUAUUACACAGAUUAAAAUCAGGUCCUAAGUCAACUUGGAAAAGCGAAGAGCAUGUUUUAAUAUUAAAAGUCUCGCAUACCUAGUGCACAGUUUGGAAAUUCAGGGGUCCAUCUGUUUACUCUAGUUGAGCAUUUUCUAUACAACUGAAAGCAAUCUAUACAUAGAUAAAUCUAUCACUGCAUUUAAACAAUGAAUCUCCUUAUUCUCAAAGGACAAAUAAAGUCUGGAUUGUGUUAUAAACUGCUACUCAGCUAUAGGUGAAAUAUUUAAACUAUUCUAGGUACAACACUAAGAACUAGAUGAUUCUGAAACAAACAAACAAAAUCUAAUUUUCUUGUUGUUGUUGUUGCUUUAAUUAGCAAGGUUAUUGCACUCACACACAAAUCUCAAACCAACAAAAUGAAGCCAGAUGUCCUCUCCACCUUUUCUCCUAGACGCUGCCUGUUGAAAUUGCUUUGGAAAUUUUGACAUGAUCCCUAAAUUCAACAUUGGGAUUAAAAAAAAAAAAAACUUCUUAUUUACCUCCUAGGGAAAGUGUUGGCCUUAUGCCACAUAUAAUGGCAAAUUGCUUUUUUUAUGGCAUGCAUAACCUAGAUGGGAAAAAAUAUGGCGCUUCGGGGAAGGAGGGAAAAAGUAAAUGAAGUUCCAGGAAUGUCAUUCUGAAGUAAUGAGGCAUGGACAGAAAAUAUACCCCUCACAUCAUCGGAUUGAGAUGGCAGUCGAAAUAGCUUCAUUGAAGUGUCAGUACUCAUCCAUCAAUCAAUCACCCACAAGGAAAAAUAGCAACAGUACAACGGGGCGGCUUUUAUGGGAUUUACUCAUGGGCACGGGGAAUAGUGGCUCAAAUGUAGUUCUGACAUGAAAAGCAAGGUGCUGAUAUUAUUUUUUAUGAUGGGAGGGUCAUAAAGUGAAUUGAGAACAGCGAGGUCUGUCUUUGCUUAACCUGUUCAACCAGAAAUGAAUGGAGCUCAACUGGAAAGGGACAGUCUUUGCCCGGGUUAAGAUUGAAGGGUGGACUCCACGGAACCCUGUCCUUCGACAGCGAAAUUCUAUUAAAGGGAAAUCAAUGCAUUAGCAUUGGGGUUCCUGACGCUGGUAAAAAUCGCCUGCUCCAACCCCAGGGUUAUUAGAUCCAGUGACGUAAUCCAGAGCCUGUUGCUACCCUUCAAAAGCAGAUGCUUGAGAGCCCUUGCUCCACCGGGGGGGAAACAAUGCAAUUUUCAACUCCCUGGAAAGUGUUUCGCUUCUAAGAGAGAAAAAAUAAAUCGUCUGCUUCAACAUCUAA